UUUGUUGUUACGUAUUUCCUGUCGUGUAACAGAAAUCUUAAAACUAUGAAAACCGAUGAGGUUCAUGUUGUCUGAGUUGAGUGCAGUAAAAUGCAAGUUGCCUGGCAGGCUUGAUUCCUAGGCUUCAUGACCACUUUACUACUUACAUUAAACAAGGUAUUUUCCCUAUUAAUUCAUAAUGCUUUGUCUUCUAAAAUUAAUUACCUGGCUUUUUUGGGGUCCCCCUACAGCCUCCCCCCAGCUCCUCAUUGUUAGUUGGACACAUGAUAAUUUUACCAUGAGCAAGCCCUGAGAUGUAAACUUCAGUACCACGCGCAAACGUUGCCCUGAGCAUCAAUCGGUUGCUUUUCAGUUAACGGGGAUUUCUUAGCAUUUUUCUCGUUUGCUAACAAACUGGUUUAUCUUGGUGUUUAGUUUAGGAAAUGGAUGAGAAUACCUAAGGCUCGGGUGCCAAACCCUGGGACUUGCCCUCUGUUUUUGGACAGAAACUGGUGGUUCAGAACUGGGAAUCUGGGAGAGGGGGUGUACUUAAGAGAACGGGCAUUACAGGCAGGUAAUCUUCUCUCUCCUUUUCUUACAGGUUUGGAAGAACACUGUUCUCAGAGCCUGUGAAAUCUGGACUCUUUUAACGGUGUGCUACCUGAAGGAAUGUAAGGAUUUGCUACUUGGUGCUUCCUUGCAGUUACUCUUGUGGCAUUUGUACCUCUCUUUCUGUGGUUUUAGGCCAAGAAGCGCUAUGAGCACAACUCAACGCAAGCGCUGUGGAGGAGCAGUUAAUUCUAGGCAAGCUCGGAGGCAGAGCAGGCUGGCAUCUUCUACCGCAGAAAUGAGCAGAAAUGAAGCAGAGGCUUCAAGAGCAGAGCCAAUAGAACCUGCUUCAGUACCACACGCAGACAUUGCUCUGAAAGUCAAUCGGUUGCUUUUCAUUACAGACAAUCAACAACUAGGGAGAAUUCUCAGUCCUCUGAGGUGCCAGCGACCGUUGAAAUUCUGUAUAAUGAGUAGCAGUGAUGAAGAUGAACUAAGCAACAAUGAUGUGCCGUCUGGUACCGUUAGCUGUCCGAUUUGCAUGGAUGGCUACUCAGAGAUUGUGCAAAGCGGGCGACUGAUUGUGUCAACCAAGUGCGGCCACGUCUUCUGCAGUCAGUGCCUCCGUGAUUCCCUUAGGAAUGCCAGCUCUUGCCCAACCUGCAGGAAGAAACUCACUCACAGACAGUAUCAUCCCAUUUAUAUAUGAGUGCUUCUCUAUUCUCAGGACAGACUCAACUGGAUUUUUGGGGAAAAUGUCAUGUUUUCAGUGCUCUGAAGAUUUAAAGAGCAGCAGGUUGUGCACACAUCCAAAUAAAACUGAUGUUUUUGGAGAAUAA